CUUAUCCAUUACGUUGUAUCAUAAGAUAUCCAAGCAUACCAUUCCCGCUUCACAACUGCAAAAAUGAUGCUCGCAGCUAAGCCUAUUGUUGUUAGCCGGCCACAGGUUCGCCCUGUGGCCUCGCGCCCCCGCACAGUCAUCGUCCGCGCAAGCGGCCAGCCUGCUGUGGACCUUACCAAGAAGGUCCAGGACGCCGUGAAGGACGCUGAGGAGGCUUGCGCUAACGGUACUACCCAGGACUGCGCCGUUGCUUGGGACACCGUUGAGGAGCUGAGCGCUGCAGUUGCGCACAAGAAGGAUGCUGCCAAGGCUGACCCGCAGCUUGACCCGCUGGAGAAGUACUGCCAGGACUCCCCGGAUGCUGACGAGUGCCGCGUCUACGAGGAUUGAGCACUGCACGGGUACGAGCUAUUUAAACCAGCCGGCAGCAGCGCGGCGCUAGUGCAGCACGUGGCAGCUGCCGUGGACAACGGCGGUAAACAACGGCGAGCCAGGUGUAAGCAACCUUUCCCAAGAGUGUUGAACGCAAAAUGGUUAUGUGUGCGAGGGAGAGAGCUUUCUUCGACAUCAAUCAUGCAGGCAGGGAGCGAUAAUGAAGGCCUUUCUUCUCAGGCUUGGAGUUAGGUUGAACGGGUCUGCUUGCUUUCAUAGUCGCCAGACGUUUCGCAAUGUUGAGUGCUGGCCGCGCCAGUCGAAGUUUUGACUCGUUUCUGAGGGUUUGGUGAGUGUGGGGCACUUGCACAGUGUGUCCUGCAGUUUGGCGCGGGCUGUGGUGUCCGCUUGUACGACAAUCCACGAUGUACCAACUGCCUAUUUUGUAUUUCCUAAAGUAUUGCAUGAGACUACGCACAUUGUUCGGCUGUUAUGUAUGUAAAGG